AUGGGGUGCAUCAUAAAAGACCACAACCAGGUCUUCUCUCUUGCUGCGUGUAGAAGAGAGUUGGUGCAAGUGGAGGUUGCUGUAGGAGAAGCCAUGGCAGUGAGAUGGGGAUUAACUUUGGCAAAAGAUCUGAAUCUUGAGAAGAUUGUGAUUAAAUCAGAUGCAAAGGUGGUGGUGGAUUGUGUUAAUGGUCUCUCCAGGAUGGUGGCCCUGGAUCCUGUGAUCGUGGAUAUUAAGGAGAGCUUAAGUUCUUUUAUGUUUGCUUCUUUACUGUUUCAUAGUCGUAGUUGUAACACUCAGGCCCAUAACUUAGCUAGAUUAGCUCAUUUUGUUGGUUCUAGGACAUGGGUUGAUGAGUUUCCUUCAGAGGAUAUUUCUACUUUUGUAACUGACUAA